UCUUCAAUCGCGACAUGGCCGCAACGGAUGGCCAAAUAAUAUUGGCCGCCUCCCGUUUUGGUGACACCGAACCGCCUGUGUAUCUGCGUGAAUUUUCCAAGCAAAAAUUACCAGCUGUUGCGAAAAUCAUCAAGGGACAACAUCAGAAUCUUGGUGUGCCCACACUAUCGGCACCAUCGCUGCAAAGUACGGCGUUAUUUCUGAGCGCUGGCAAAAAGUAUCAGAUACUCGCGCAACCGAUUAAAAUUAAGGAGGGUCGCAAGACGACAAAUGUCGGCGCCAAGGUGCUCAUACCGGAAACAUAUCCCGGCUACUUUGAGCUACUCAGCGAAGAUGGCCGUUCGACGCGUUGCAUCGAUUCGGUGCUGGAGCUGUCGAAACGUCGCAAUUUGCGCGUUUUGGUGCGUGAAACUUUUCGGUGCACCCAAAUGAAUCGCACCAUUCACGCGGGCGAAUUGCUGACGACGAUGAACGAUAAUGGCAAAUAUUUGCAGUGUAAGAAUAUCAAAGAUGAGAUUGUCAAUUUGCCACUCGAUACCAAAGCGAAAUUCUCACCGAUAGCCAAGGAGGAUAGCAUUAGCGGAGUGCAUACGGUGAAGAAUCUACUACUCAAAAGGAUGCCAGUCAUUGUGAGACUCGUUCACGGCAGUGCCCCUAAAGGUCUCAAGCAGCCUUUCGUUCCGGAGCUGCGUCUACUCGGCUGUGUGGAAAUCGAUCGCAUAUUUGCGCUACCGCUGCAGAAGGACAACGAUUUGGUGCCAGUGCCGCUCAAUGUUAAAAUUAAAUUGCAACGUGCACGCAACAUGGAUCAGCUGGAACACUUCAUCGAGUAUACGCGCUUCCUGGACAAGGCGCAGCGUUUGCUGUCGGAUGCGCGCGAUCGCCUGCAAGUAGUAGAUCUCAAACUGUCGGAGAAGGAGAAGAAGGACUCCAAGUUUAGUAGUCGCAACAAGUUGCCCGUGGUUAUGCUGCCAUCUGCGGCCGUCGCUGGCGGCCUCAUGGAAAAUGGAUAUGUGCUGCGCAAGAGCGCCAGUUGUGAUGCCUAUGGCAAGGGCGUCGGCGGUGCAGCGGGCGUACUCACCAGCGCCGAAAUCGCUGAGGAGUACAACGAAAUCGAUCACAUUUAUGAUUAUGUGCGUGGUUUGACGCCCCUCUCUAAAGGUUUGACACGGUUUGAGCCCAUCUGCGAAACGCCAACAAUCAAGUCGCAUCACACGGACAGUAGUGGCAACUACUGCAGUCUCAUACGCGUGGGUGCGCAGGCGAGCAGCAAUAAUGCUAACAAUAACAACAAUAACACCAAUAGCUUAAAUGCCAGUGGUGGCAGUAACACUAACCAUAGUGGUGGUGUUGGUAGCGGCAACAAUAAUACCAACAACAACAACAACAACUACAGCAGUUUAGAGUCGGUGAAGCAGGCGAACACAAAUACGAAUAGCAGUCACAAUAGCAGCAAUCAGAGCCACAAUAACAACAACAACCAUAACACAGGUGGCAGCGGGGGUGGUAGUGGUGGUGGUAGCAAUCAUCACCAUCACCACCAUCAUCAAAACCACAGCCACAAUCAUCACCACAGUCACACGCAUCCACAUCCACACGCGCACCCACAUGCGCACCAGUCAGGCUGUGGAGCGAUAGUAAAUCACUACCAUCACAGCCAUGUGCAGGAGGACAUCAAACCAGUGCCACCGCCUAUCGAGACCAUACCAGGAAAGAAGUUGCCAGAGAAGCGGCAACGUCCCACACUACCAAAGCUUUAUCUGAAGAAUACACACAGUGCGGGCAGCAAUACGGCCACUGGUGCGACAGCAGCAGCUGUGGCGGCGGCAGCGGCAACAGGAGCGUCUGCAUCGAGUAGCCAUCAUCAGCAUCACCAUCACUCAACGCAGCCGCAACACCCACAUGCCGGCAAUUCGACGGCCGCUGUGGUGAAUGCUACAGCUGCAGCAGUUGCGGCGCAUCAUGCUCAUCAUCACCAUGGCAGGGUGCUGACUCCUAGCAACAGCAACAGCAACAAUAAUGUUGUACACUCUGCGAACGGGCCACUUAGCGCCGGUAUUCUGGUAGCGAAUAAGGAAUGCAAUCUGGAACCACAGUCGCCACUCUUUCAUAUAAGGUACAAGAGCCUCAGUAGUUUGCAAUUGACGCCCGAAAAUACCUCAAUUGCCGCAACUCCGAUCUCAAGCAAUUCCAAAGGUAACCAGUCAGCCGCAGUGCCACCCGAUGUGGUACUCAAAUGUAGCAGCAUACUCAACCAUCAGACGCAUCAUUCAUCUCACUUACCACCACCACCACCCCCGCCGCUAAGCAAGAGCGCCAGCACUGCUGGUGGAUUGGCAGCUGUGGCGGGCUUAGGUAUGGGUAUGGGAAUGGGAGUGGGAGUGGGCGUUGUACAUCACAAUCCGCGCGAAGGCACACUCGACUCGUCACGCAGUGGUGGACGCACCUCCGGCGAUUCGAAUAAGUUGCCCGAAAAGAAGACUCGCCGUCUGUCGCGCCCGCGUAGUCUAUCGAAUUUAGUCUGGGAUCUGCGGCCAUCCAAAGAGAAGUCAAAGAAAAAAUUAUAUAUACAUCAUUUUGAUCAUCGUCAACAAGCGACAUUGUACUUGUAGUCAUUUUGGCAGGAAAUGCAUUUGAGAGAGGUGUAAGGGAAAUUGCGGGGCCGAUUAUUGAUGUUGUUGCCAUAUACAUACAUACAUAUAUGCUUACAUCCAUACGUAUGUACUUUAAACAAAAACUAUCAAAGCAUAUUGGACAAAAUGCGGAAUGAGUGCGCAUGGAAAAAUAGAGAAUGAUGUUGCCAUCAAUUUAAAAAAAAAAAUGUUUAAAAUAGUGCUUAAACGGACUUUUAAUGCGUUAUCCUGAGCUUCUAAUCGGUAAUUUUUAUCUUUAGAAAAAUAAAUACACUUGUAAGUAACUUCAACUUGAAAUGUUAGCAGCGCUCCAGUCAAUUGGAAAUCACUCGAACAGGAAAAAUUUUUUUAAAUAAAACAUACACUUAAAAAAAUUUUAACCAAGCAACUCAAACUUACAUUAUUAGAACUAAUUGUUAGUAAAAAAGCUUUAAACAAUUUUUUCUCAAUUUAUUAAAUUGUGCCUUGAAUUAAUAUGUAAUUGGGAAACCUUUUUAAAAAUCGAAUAUUAUUACAAAAUAACACUAAAAAACAAACACCAAGUAUUAACUAAUCCAUUCAAAAUUCUAAAGUUGCGCCUUUUUUUAAAUUUAGCUAUAAUUCGAAAAAUAUUACAACAAUUUGGCGACUAAGUAAUAUAUUUAUUUCAAAAAUUUCUAUAUAAAAAAAAAUCUAUAAAGAAAACGAUCACAAAUGUUUAAAUUGGAUCUAUUAAGUAAGAGCGAAAUAUUGAAAAAAUAUACGGCUUUAGAUAUUUUUCCGAAAAUAUAUAUACACAGAUAUUUUGCUUAUAUAAAACUCUUAAGUUAUUUGCAAGUUAAGAAAAACAACAUUGAAAUGCUGAAAAUAUUAAAUUUGAAAUUAAAAACAGCACAAGAGAAUGCACAUGCAGUGGUGUUUUGAUUCUUUUAGAGGCCCGAUGUGGCAUUAAGGGACGCGCCAUAGACAUCUACCAUAAAAAAAAAAAUAAACUAAACGAAAAAUAAAUAUUAAAAAGUUAAUCAAAGUAAUGAAAACAAAAAAUACAACAACACAUCAAGUCUUUAAAAUUGUGAUUUUAAUUUUAUGUGAAAAGCGUAGGGCCGAGCGACAAGUAGCAACUGAAGGAUUUUAUUAUAUUUAAAUCGCUCAAAUUUAAGCGAAUUGCAACAUUUCAAUUUUUUUUAUAUAAUUAAGCGCAUAAUUUUUUAAUGACCGAUGUAUCCCAACUAAGUUUAAGUUAUUUAACUUUAUUUUUUUUUUUUUAUUAUUUAUGUUUAAUAUAAAUGCCUUUGUCAGUCACUUAUAGAUAUAUGUAUGUACAUAUAUACUUUUAAUGGAAGACAGUAUCUACUUAUAAUAUCAAAUAUGUUAAAAUGUAAUUAAGCUAAUAAAUAAAGAAAAUAAAAAAAAAAUAAAAAAAGGUGUGGGUCUCUGGCGGAGUAUGAAGAUUAGCUAAAUUUCGACUCAACUCAAAAAUAUGUUGCCGCACCACUACACUCAAUAAUAAACGACUCAAGUUAUUCCCAUAUACAUACAUACAUACAUACAUAUAUAUUCAGAUGUUCAUGUGAAUGUACUACUCAUAAAAAUACAUAUGAAAGUAGAAUGUUAUUAAUGUAAUAGAAUGAAAAGUGAAAAUAAACAAAGCAAAAAGAAAACAACAUCAGAUAUUUAUCCAAUAGAUAAUGUUCAAUAAAAAGAGCGUACUCUAGAUAUAUAACAAAUGUGAAUGGUCCAUAUUCAGCGACAAGUAGUAAUCUGUAUAUUCGAACAAAAGAAAGAAACAGCAAAAGAACAUAAACUGCCACAAAAAAUGCAAGCAUAUUAAUUUAAUCAAAUUUUAAUCAUAGAUUAAUCAACACGCGUACGUAUAAAAACAUGCCCAUACAUACAUAUGUAUUACUCAGAAAAAAAAAAAUGAAAGAAAUUCCAAUAGCAAUACAAACUAGUCUACAACUACUAGGCUCUUGUGCUACACGAAUCUUUGGUUUUUCAAACUAACAUA